GGUGAGUCUCAGGGCACGGUGAACUUCGUCCUCUCUAAAGAAGGCGGCGACCUCUCUCUGGUGGAGCAGGCGAACGUCUGGCUAUUCCUCCGCUUGGCGAAGACCAACCGCAGUCGAGCCAAAGUCACCAUCCGCCUCUUCCAGCAGCGCCGGCUUCUCAACGGGCACCAGUCUCUGCCACAGGACGACCUCCUCCUGGUGGAGAAAACCGUGGACACCCGUCGCAGUGGGUGGCACACCUUCCCAGUGUCUGCGGCGGUGCAAGCGCUGCUGGAGAGCACCGAAAGCACGACACUGAGCCUCAGGGCGUCCUGCCCGCUCUGCGCCGACGCUGGUGCCACGCUCGUCCUGGUCUCCGGCAGCUCGGAAACGUCGCAGCGUGCCAGCCAGCGUGAACAGUCCCACCGGCCCUUCCUUAUGGCCGUGGUCCGGCAGGAGGACGGCGGGGACUCGCGGCGGCGCAGGAAGCGUGGGCUGGAGUGUGACGGGAAGGUCCGCGUCUGCUGCAAACGGCAGUUCUACGUCAACUUCAAAGACAUCGGCUGGAACGACUGGAUAAUCGCGCCACCCGGUUACCAUGCCAACUACUGUGAGGGCGAGUGCCCAUCCCACGUGGCGAGCAUCACCGGGUCCACGCUGUCCUUCCACUCCACCGUCAUCAGCCACUACCGCAUGCGGGGCUACAGUCCGUUCCAGAACCUGCGGUCGUGCUGCGUGCCCACCCGGCUACGAGCCAUGUCCAUGCUCUACUACAACGAGGAGCAGAAGAUCAUCAAGAAGGACAUCCAGAACAUGAUCGUGGAGGAGUGUGGCUGCUCGUAAACCCCGAACAGGACCAGGACAAAAUGGACUGGAGGGGAGCGGAGAGGAGAAGGACAUCUGAACCCCAGAGAGAGGGAGGAGGUGACUUUAUGAUCUUCGUCACUCGAGGUCGCUCUCUGGGAGUAAACUCCUCUCCGUCCUCGUCCGGCAGAACUCAGAAAGAGUCUCAACGGCACUUUCAGACAAAACAAGAAAAGAAAAAAAAAAGCUCAAAAAAAAAAAAGAAUAUCUAAUAUAUUUUUGUUACCAGAGGAGGGAGCGAGGCUUAUUUAUGUGGCUGAGACGUUCAAGCACCACUCGACCCGUCAGACAUCGGAGAGACGAGGUGCCUGAAAAACUACUAACAAAAAAAAAUCUCAAAACUAUGCAACUUGUUUCACGUAUUACGAUCUUAUUUUACUUUGUUUACUUUUUUCAAGACGUACGAGGAAGAAAGAAGAAGACUUUUGUAUUUUUUUUUUGGAAGUUUGUAAUGUGUGUUUGUGUGUGUGUGUGUUGAGAGAUACUUGAAAGAAACAAGUUGGCCCGGCUGCUGGAACCAAACACUUCUUUAUGUUACCAUGGUUACCAUGUUGGUGUUAUAAUUAUUAUUGUCAGUAAGUAAGUGUAUUAAUAAUAAUAUUAUUGUUAUUGUUGUUAAUAAUAUUUUGUUUGGCUGCAUUUUGUGUUGUUAUGUCUUUUAAUUAUUUUAAUUUUUUAAAAAGAACAUUUUUUGCACUAUAGCGACACUCAUGCUCAGAUUAGCCGGACUGAAGAGAGCGGACAGACCGGAGCUUCCUGUUCAUGGCGGGCUCACAGGUUUCCUAAGCCCCGCCCCCUUUCCUCUGAGCUCCAAUAACAGUUGAGCACGCCUCGGUCAACUUCCUCCUUUCCUGUACCUAGAUAUGCUACGUGCUAGGCUAAUCUAUGUUCAAAAGACAUUUUGAAGAUGGCUAAAAGAGACAUUAAUAUUGUCACAUCUUAAGACGGCAAAAACUUAGCCAACAAGCUAGCUAAUCUACAUCAACUGUUAGCUAGAUAAGUAGCUAUGUUGCUAGUUGGCUAGUGCUGGUGUUUGAUUUGCCCAUUCAGGGCUACUGUAGAAACAAUGAUAUAAAAUUAUAAAAUAAAGAAUUAAUCUUAUUUUGGGGCACUUAUGAAAUACACAAAUGAAAACAUAGUUAUAGUAAAUAUUUAAUUCCAUUUCUUCUAUUAGAUCCUCCUAAAUGUUACACUCAGGACCUUUAAGAUGUAUUUAUACAUUUAAAAAAAUUUAAUUGUCUUUUCAACAUAGACAAGCCUAGCAAAAGGGGCGGAGCUUAGUCUGGAUCAAAAAUCCCAAAGUAGGUGGACACAGUGUCUGAGUAUCUCAUACUCAUUUAUAAGUACUAGGGCUGUAGCCAGGACUUUUGAAAAACGAAUAAAGUCUAUAAAAUGACUGAAAGUAACUAUUUGGAUUUUUUGUUUUCUUUUUUAAAUGUGUUAACUGUUACAUUACAUUGUAACGGACAUUUUAUGUCCAAAAUGGAGGCCCAUAUGUUCCCCAUACUGCCAGAAAAUAAAAAUCUGAUAUUUAUUUAUUUAUUUAUUUUUGUUGCCAUUAAAGUAUUCAAAUUACGAGUAUAUUUAGUCCAAAAAUGCUAAAAUCAGUCCCACCAUGUGUAAACUCUCCUUAUGGUCCCAUAAAAACACAGCGUAGUUGAUCUGAAUGGAUGCUACAGCGCUGCCUCAAGUCUUUUCAAUAAAAAGAGAUGUCAGUUUAACGGCAGUCAGUCAUCUUAUGUCCUUUCUGUUAGCUUAAAUAUUCGGUGACAGCUAGCCAACCGCUAAAACAAACCCCUUAAAAUCACUUCUAUUUUUGUCUGUGGUGGAUGUUUACAGUACAUUAAGGUGAUUAGCAUUAUUAGCCAAGAAUCAUUAUACACAAAAAAAAGAGAGAUUUAGCGUUUGUAUCGAGGGAUUCAUGCAUGUUUUUAAUGUCUUUUGUGGAUGUUUUUAAUCUGUUAUGAAGGUGACACUUUAUUUAAAACAUUUGUUAAAGUAUCUCCUGUAGACAAAUUUGCACUUUGGAUAAAUUGAAGUCGUAUUAUCACACGAAUAAACAUUAAUAACAAUGUAAACCUCCACAGAGCCUCCAUAAAUCAACCAAUAAAUCCUGUAAAGCUGUUUUGUGAAAUUCGUAAUAAAUGAGUGAUUAAAGUGAUACCAGACACACAGAGGGUUAACAUUGUGUUCUUUCAUUGUUACACCAGGGUAAAUACGAGGAUUUCUGCACGUUGAGUUUAAAAAGAGAAAAACGUUUUUUUUUGUUUUUGUCCCGUUUUAGUUUGCUUUAGAACACCAAAGAGUUGAGUUUGUGCACUUGUUUGAGUGAGAAAAACUGUUAAAGUUAGAUUCAUUGAUGCUGAAAAAGAAAUAGUUCAUUUACAACGUGAUUUAUGUGCGAGAGACAAAAAAAUACAGAAAAUGUGUAAAAUUGUGUCAAACAGCGUCUCAAAAGUUGCUUUCAUGAAGAGUUUUAUUCAAGCUUUAUAGUUUCAGAUUCAUUUAGAUUUUUUUAUUGAGUUGUGAUGUUUUUACUUUGUUUCUCUUUCUACCUGCACACCAAGAACCCAGUUUCCCACAAUUCUUUACAUUAAAAUAAACUGAAAAAGACAAUCCACAGUCGCCUUGUUCUGUUUUUUGGGAGAAAAACAAUCAGAUUUCAGAGUGUUUCUGUGUUGUGUGUGUUUAUAUUAGUAUUGUCGACUUGUUCACCAAAUGUUUUGGAGUGUCGGCCCCCUUUUUAACAAAGUCACACGUGUUUUUAGUUUCUCUUUUUGUUGGUGGACCCUCUUCUUCCGGACUUUCGGGACACGGUCCAUCCUGUGUGUACAUGGACGCGUACAAAAUGUCUGCAGAUCAAAAAAAAAAAGCUUCAAAAAGAAGCAAAGCAAAAGGAGAAAAAAAGGUAUAAAAGAAGUGGUUGUAUUUUGUUCAGAUUUUGUUCUUUUGAUCGAGACAAAAAAUACUGACACUGAACGAAGUGGACAAAGAAUAAAAAGUCUAUUUUUUAUUCUGUAUAUAUGGAAAUCAAGAUUCCAGUAUGUUGCAUUGCUUUGUUGUACAAAUCAAAUGUGCUUGUGGCAUUUUUCUAAUCUAAUUUAUUUUACAGUAUUGUUCUGUUUUUUUGUUUUCUGCUUCACCAUUAAAGUUUAAAGGAU